GUGGGAAAACAACAUCCUUUCCCAUACAUACGAUUACACAGGGAUUAAAGCGCAGCUCAUGAGUCUGAAGUAAUUCGGCUCGGUUCUGGAUUGUUUGAUUGAUUUAUUGGACGGUUGGUGUCGGAGGUUGGAGGGAAAGCUGAGCAGAUUCUUUUGUCGGGGCUCAUAAAGUCUGGCCAUGGAGAAAACAGGAAAGGUGGUGUUUCAGAAUGUGGGUAGCAGCUACUUUCCUCAGAGUCGGGUGGACUGCCACUACACUAUUGGCUCUCAGCACAGCUGGGCCAGCAAUGACUGGAUUGGCCUGUUUAAGGUCGGAUGGUCCACUGUGAGGGACUACCAUACAUUUGUGUGGGCUGUGACUCCAUCCAACUACAAGGAAGGGACUGAUGUAAACUGCUGCGUCCACUUUCAAGCUUCCUACCUGCCAGGUCCCAGUACUGAGCAGUACCAGUUUGUUUACGUGGAUGGCAAGGGAGAAGUGGGCUCUCUCAGUUCUGCCUUUACUUUCUCCGCUCCCAAGCCUCUAGAGGAGCUGGUGACUUUGGAGCAAGCUGUGGAGGGAGGUGAGGAGGACGAGGACAUGCUGCUCAUCAUUCCCAAAGCUGAAUUACUGCAGAGUCGACUGCAGGAGUGUCUUAAGGAGAGGGCUGAGGUGUUACAGGCUCUAGAACUGGCCGAGAGGAACUGGAAACGUGAGCAAGAGAGCUUAAUUAGGGCCAAACAGGCAUGGAACCACAGGAGCAAGGAGCUGGAGGAGGAGCUCAUGCACACCAAAGGACAACUGGAGGACAUGAGGAAGAAGGAAGAGGAGCUGGAGGCUUUAACAAUGGUUCUGCAGGAAGAGAAACAGGAUCUACUUGCUAAGAAAGCUGUUAGUAAAGAGAGGAACAGCCAGUUAGAGGGGAAUAUAAGGGUGCUCACCCAGAGAGGCCUUGAGAGAGAAAACGACCUUGAAAGAAUAAGGGAACGAGUCAGGAAAGCAGCAGGACAGAAAAAAGAAGCAGAAAGUGAACAUGAAACCCUCAAGUUAAAGUUGGAACAGACAGAAAAAGAGCUGCACAGUCUGUCUACAGAGUUCCAGAGUCUAAGAAGUUCCCUGGCACAGAGAGACACACACGCCUUACAGCUCCGGGAUACCAUUACUACACUCUCCCACAAACUCAACAGUGCACACAGAAAAGAGGCAGCAAAUGAAGCAGCUUUAGCAGAACUGCGUGGUGUUCAGGAGCAGCUGAACGCCAGCGAGAGCUGUGUGGAGACUCUGAAGGCCGAGAUCAGAGAAAUGUCAGCUCAGAGGGACUCUGACCAGGCUAAGCUUCACCAGGUCAGGCUACAGGCUGCCCAGCUUACGUUGCAGCUGGCGGAUGUCAACCUGGCACUGCGGGAGGGCCGUGCCACCUGGGCACAGGAGAGGGAGAGCCUGCAGUGCAGUGCUAAGUUAGACAGACUGCACUUGGAACGGCUGAAUGAUGAGAUUAAGCAAAAAGAAGAGCUGCUGCAGGAAGAGAAAAUGGAAAGAGCUAAAGCAGAGGUGGAACUUGGCCGAGAGAAAGAUUGUAACCGGGUGCAGUUGAGUGAAAUGCGACGGGAGCUGCAGGAGCUUAAAGCCAGUCUCAGGGUUGCUCAGAAGGAAAAGGAGCAAUUACAGACUGAGAAGCAGGAUCUGAUCUCAUACAUCAGGCAACUGGAGCAGAGGCUGGAGUCACUAAGUGACUCCAAAUGGAGCAUGACUGGGUUGCUACAAAGCAGUCAUGCAGACAGCUCACUUUCUGACUCUGAGGAUGAGAACCCAGAGGCACUGAGGCCUCUGAGUCAUUAUGGCCUGUGUGAUCAGCCCCAGACUGACCUACUCAUGCUACCUGCUACUCCUCCUUCUUCUCCUCGACUCCUGCAGGCCUCCCAGGCUGUGGUGAUCAGUCAGCCUGCUCCCUUCAGCUCCCCGCACCAACCCAGUGAUGAUACACAUGCACAGACACACAGUUCGGAGUCGGAAGAGGAGAAUGAAGUGGCACAGUCAGGAGGGCAAUGCUCUGAAGAGAUGGCACUACUUUUGCCCAACCAUACAGGCACUUUUAGUGACCUGGAAGAGAGUCAUCUGUGGUGAAGAGAGGAACUGCAGGAUCAGCUGCUCAUCAUCUGACCAAGAUGAAGUGUGCUGUCCUUGUGUAAUACAGUACAAGACAUAUAGGGUCUGUUUACAUUAUGCAUUAACAUGUGGUUUGUUUUCGAAUGUUGGAUUCCAUUUACACUCUUUUAUAAAACCUGUCCCUGGUGUAACCUGAUACCGAUUUGGGUUUACUGGAUGUUGAUGUAGAAAAAAACUUUACCCUUGUGUAAAGUCAUUAUCUUGCUCCCAACAUAAAGUGGAAUCCAUACAUGAUCCACUCAUCACCAACAUGUUAAUACAAGGUGUAAACAGGUUCCUACUGAUAUAUGCAAUUUGCUUUAUAUUUUGCUAUGCACUUUCUUGAUGCACAAGCUACCAGACUAGUCAACCAAGCACAAUUUUACCCGUCCAAUUAUUUUAACACUUAUCAAAACUUCAACUUAAGAGUCUUUAAGAACAGAUUGGUUUGGGAUAUUUGAAAAAGACUUGUGUGUGUGUGUGUUAUGGUGUUUUUGUAUUGUGUGUAUGUGAGGUGUGUGUAUUAGAUUUAGUUUUGACUUAGAUAUCAUAUCUAUUUGCCUGAAAGGUAGUCUCGCAAAGCAAGAUCUCAUAAUAAGAAUACAUGUCUGAAGAAAGUCUUCUAAAAAGUUUGUAUUGAUUGUCAGCACUAAUGUGAAGGAUGUGCCCAGAUGCUUUCCUUGUAAAAUUUGCCCCUGUGAAAUGUGUACUUGUAACAUCCGAAGUAUAAUCAAUAACACAAUCAAUACAACAUUAAUGUAUUACAUUCCACAGUAUCAUCUUCAAGCAGUGCUAACAUUAACAGGGGUAGUGUAAUAUAUAAACUUACAGUCUUAUUUAAUAAAGGAUUGUCAAAAUUAAUAAAAAGGGUGCAGUUUUAUGGACUAGUAAUCAAAAGGUUGCUGGUUUAAGCCCCGGGUUGCGAUUGUUGAGCCCUUAAGUAAGGCCCUUAAGUUGUACUGGGUCACAGUUUGAAGGUACUUUAGAUUAAAGCAUCUGACAAAUGCUUUAUGUAAAUGCUAAAUAAAAAUAUAAAAUAAAUAAAAACUACAUUUAUGGAAUGGUGACCGUAACGGCAAAACCAUCACCUAUACAAACAGUUUGGAAUGCCUAUCUUUAAAGCAUCUUUUACUCCAAAUAUUAAUGGGGACCACACUAGUCAGAUAAUUUCAGGAACAUGCCAAAUAUUUAAUUUAGUUCACUUACAACAUUAGCAUGAAUUUAAACCUUAGUGUCUAUCUUUUCACAAAAGCAGUGGGUUGUCCUUUUAACAUCUGAUGUGUGAUUAUAUUGCCCUAUUAGUUAAUAAACCAUAUGUUUAUUUUUGCUGCAUUUAAUUAGUUUUGUACAUGCCAUGCACAUCUACAUGCUAAACUAAAAUCUUAUUUGACAGCCUUAGCCUACAGUUGUUUGCAAAAUUGGGGCUUUAAAAAUUAGAUGAUGUCUUGUUUUUGGAGUAAAAAAAUAAACACAAUGUCUGCAGCAAGCUGUUUAUGAAAUAACAUUGCACAAAUGUUUAUGCACAGUUUGGAAUUGGAUAGGAAUGUGGAAUCCUGUGCUGCUGGUUAGCACAUAACCCCAAAGCAAAAUAGAGAAUUGCUUUCACAAGAGGCUUUGUGGUAUGUUUAAAACCAGAUUUGUUCAUGUUCUAAUAAAUAUUGGUUAAAAUAUAAAAUGAAUAAAAAUUGCUCACUUAAUGCAUAUUCUCAUUACAAGAUCAAGAUCACAUCUUGCUUUGCUGGACUAUUCAAGAACUAAAACUGUUAAUACGAGCAAGGCCUGCAAAUUUACAUCUUUUACAUGUAAAGAAUAUUAUGCAUAUUAAUCUGGGUUUGAUAGUUUUGUUUGCUUUUUAUCUUUAAGGUUUAUGCCAGUUUCUUUUAUAGAUGUGUUAAGUUUUCAUGAUUUAUGUUUCACAGAGGGAAGUAUACAUCAAAAUAUACAAAGAAAAUUAUGUUGCUAUAAUUGCUGAACAGUCAGGUUCUGGAAGUAAAAUGCAAUUUAUUUUUAUCAUGAAAAAAUAUUUGUUUUAAUGUAGCAGAAAUUAAUUACCAUUUAGUCCCAACAUGUUACAUUGUUAAAUACUGGUAAGGUACUACACAGUCCAAGGGGGUGUAGAGAAAGGCAUUUUAGGAUUCUAAAUGUAUUUAAAAAUGAGCUGAACAAUUUGCUGAACACUAACAUUUAAGACAUCAAACAAAUUCUUUGGAUGACUACAGGGCUUUGGUGUGUUCGUGAAAGUUUUAAGGCCUAAUACCGGGUUUCUACACCCUCAAAUGGUUAAACAUUAACCUUAUUAAGAAAGUGCACACUUUUUAAGUACUGGAACAAGAUGUGUGUGUUUGUGUACUAAAGUAAUAAAAUAUAGAAACAGAAUUAAGAUAUUUACUUUAUAAAACUCUAAAUUCACUAAAUUCAAAUCUUUGAUCAUCAGAGUUCUGGAGUUACCUCAUUAUUAACGGGUCAUGUAGAUGGCAUAAUGAAAUAACUGCUUGAUGGAUUUUAAUGUAGUAAUCAGGUUAUUUAGCACAUUUUUGUGCUGAUACAAGGGGUUAGAUAAACAGUCGUCUCUUUGAGCCAGCUAAUUUAGAUAAAUGUUUAGAAGCUUUUCUUUCUCACAGUGAAGAGUACUAAACAAAUGUGAUUGCUCUUUAAUUAAAAUAAUUAUUAGCUUUGUAACUAAUAUAAAAAUAUUAUUUAUUGGUGAUUCUUUUCUGUGCACCUACAACUUAACUUCAUUUAAACAAAAUCAAUGUCCAGAAAAUUAUAGCAUUUACUUCUGGAACCAGAUGGACUGAAUAAGUGUGAGGUCACUGUUCAGCUUGAGUUGAAAAAAAAACAAAAACAUAAUGGGACUUUUCUGGCUUCCAGUAAAACAGCCUUCAAAUAUUUAGUGUCAUUUUAUGUAACUACGCCAUGGUGUCUGUCUCUGCAAUGUGUGAUAUACAUGUUUCCUACAUUUAUGGUUUUAUUUUGUUUACUGUUACAUAUAUUUGAGUGAUCUGAUGUUCUAAAUGCUUUGUUUUACAUGAUUUGCUUAUUACUUUAAUUAUAUUUUACUGUAUGCUUAAAGUCCAGUAGGGUAGUCAAAGCCAUGCACACAUAUACUGAGUUGUUUCUGUAUACUUAUCUCUAAUAUCAUCACAGUUUACCCACUAUUUCAGACUAGACUACACCACUUUUACUUCAGUACUGUUCUCUGCACCUUACUGUUGUGUUUUUGCAUUUAUUUUGAAGCAUUCUUGUAGUAUGGAUACAGAUGUAUAACACAAUACAGGUUUAGACACCAAAGUUUUUAUUCUUCAGUAGGUCAUUACUGUCAUUUGUUACUUGAUUUUGGUUUGAUAUUCAACACUUCACAUAUUGAUGGGCACAUUUAAGUUAUGCAGUUGUGCCACUUAUUGGUAAUUUUAAGCUUUUAGCUUUGUAUAUUAAUCAGCCUUUAUUUUCAGUGCCAGUUUGUGUAUGCAUUACCAAAAGAUCUUUACUGUUUAAAACCCUGAGCUGUAAUCCUGUAGAAAAAUCUUAAACCUCUCAGAGAGAUGCAGCAGGACUUAUUACAAGACAUCUGUAUUCAUGAUUAAAAUUUUGCAAUUAAUCUUAUACAUACUUAUCAAUAUAUAUAUUUUGAUUGCAGGACUGUAAGGAUUUGGUUGAUUUUUAGCAAUAAAGUGACUGGUAAUCUAACUAUUAUUGGGGUAAAAGCAUUAUUGUCAUAUGAAGUGCUCGAAAAAAUUGUUUCACAAUAUUUAUUCCAUGAUGAAACAAGAAUAAAUUAUCGGAUUUGAAUCGUAUCUUUUCUACAAUGUGUCAGUUAAGUCCCUACAUAAAUCAGGAAUUUGUAUGAGAAAUCGACUCCAAAUUGUGCAUUGUGAACAUAGUGCUACUCCUGGUUGCACAGGUUUCUAGUGUAAAAGGUGUCUCACGUUGCCAUUUUUUAACUUGCUUGCAAGAAUAUAAUCUGCAAUGGGAGUCUUAUUACACUUUAAUGCUCAAAAGUUCUAUACUUAAAUUUGUCUAAUUGAUCAGAUUGUGGUAGAUGCAUAAUAGCAGUGUGAGUGGCUGGAAGUUGGGUUUGAUGAUUGCCCUGUCAGUGAGGAGUAUGUUCCUGUAUUGUUCCUGAAUUUAUGUGGAUUUUUUUUCUUUCACUUUACAAACACAAGCUGAAAUUAGACUGUUGCUCUAAACUGUCCCUGUGUGUGAGGAAGUGAGUGAAUUGGUGGGUGUUUGCUGUGAUGCAAUGAAUUAGUGCCCUGUCUAGGAUAUUUUUGAGCCUUGCACCUAGUAUUUCUGAAUAAUGCCAGACCCACUGUGACCCUGAUCCAGAUGAAAUGGUUAGUGAGAAUAUCAUGCCACUUUCCUUGAUAUUACAGGAUUUCAAUGCAAUUCAUUUUCUUUUUCUUUAAAAAUGUAGCUGUGCUAAUGAUUUUCUCGAGCAGCUAUUACAUUUGUCACUGCUGUUUCCUUUUAAUCACUUUUCUGUGACCUUUUUUACCUGUUUUCUUCCACUGGCUGUUUUUACUAUCUUUUUUUUCUGUUCUCUGUAUUCACUCUUUUCCUCUUGUGCAGAGAGUGUAAUUAUAAAAUCAAUAGUGCUGGGCUGCUUGCUUUAUGGCCUCCUUUAAAACCUUAACAGGGAAAUCACUGUAGGAUUGAUUACUCCUUCACUCUUUAUCUCUUUUAAUUAGAAAUGUAAAAGAUAUGAAGAGCCAGGGGCGGCAGUCGUGCACCCUGUUUUUUUAUGACUGCUCACCCCCUUUCUUGCAGGUUUGAUCUAUAUUUCAGUAACUUUAGCACCAGAGGCCAUUGUUCUUCUCCUGUGCCAGCUUGUUCCUUAAUUUAAUGGAUGCACUUGGUUUCUUUCCAAGGUUUCUUACUUCAGAUUUUUGGGGUUGUGUGUUUUUUUUUUUAAUUACUGCAUGAUCACUGUUCUGAGAAGGCUUUCACCAUGAUUUAGCAUCACUGCUGCUGGGUUUGUCAUUAGAGCAUUAGUGGCACUGGUGACCGUUAUUAUAAGUCUCACUUGCAAUUAGCGUUCCAUUUUAUUCCAAAGGUGUUGGAUAGGGUCAAGGUCAGAAAUCUGUGCAGGCCAUUAAAGUUCUUUUAUACCAAACUCAGCAAACCAUUAUUGUUCAGUUUUGUAAACAUAUUCUUAAAAAUUCGGUUGCUAAAGGCUUGUAGCACACAAUUCUCUAAAAUGUCAUUGUACGUAUAAUUCACUUGAAAAAUGUAAAAUUCACUUGAACCAAAAACAUCAGAAACACUGUUAUCAAAAAUUCUUGAUUUUCUUGUUCAUCCUCUGCCAAACCAGCUGCCAUACUGCCAGAUAGUAUAGCACAAGGGCGGCAUGGUGGCUAAGUGGGUAGCACUGUUGCCUCACAGAAGGUCCUGGGUUUGAUCCCCAGGUGGGGCGGUCCAGGUCCUUUCUGUGUGAAGUUUGCAUGUUCUCCCCGUGUCUGCGUGGGUUUACUCCGGGUGCUCCGGUUUCCUCCCACAGUCCGAAGACAUGCAAGUGAGGUGAAUUGGAGAUACAAAAUUGUCCAUGAUUGUGUUCGAUGUGACAUUGUGAACUGAUGAAUCUUGUGUAAUGAGUACCUACCUGUUCUGUCAUGAAUGUAAACAAAGUGUAAAACAUGAUGUUAAAAUCCUAAUAAACAAACAAACAAACAGUA